AUCCUGUCUGCAGAGCCCAGCAGCCGCAAGCCGAAACCUCCUGAGGGAGACUAAACGCAGCCAUUAAGAAAGUGCAGGACCGAGAACGUCCCAGCCAUACAAGGCUGCCCUGGACGCACAGUUCUGGUGACAUCCUCAGCCCCCACGCACAGGGGGCACCCCAUCCUCCAGGCAGCAGGCCCUGUGGCCUCCACACCUCCGGGAGCCUCUCAGGCUCGCUCUGACCUCCUGUCCCUUCUCGUCCCUGCAGGACGCCACGUGAGGGCAGAGCGGGCCCGGCCGCCAUGUGGGUCUGCGACCCCUCCAACGGCACGGGGCAGCCCCUCUGCCCAGAUGCCCCCCUUGUGCUGUCCACCCUCUCCCUGCUCUACCUGCUGCUUGGCCUGCCCAUCGGCCUCGGGUGCAAUGCGCUGCUGGUCCUCGCCAACCUGUGUGCGUCCAGCGCCAUGACCAUGCCUGACGUCUAUUUUGUGAACAUGGCCAUCGCGGGCCUCGUCAUCAGCGCACUGGCUCCAGCGCAGCUGCUGGGGCUGGCGGGCUGGGGCUGGGCCCUGUGGAGCCCGAGCAGUGAGGCUGGCCUGGCGCUGCUGGCCCUCUUCAACGUGUCCUCGCUGGUGACCAUGUACUGUGCGGCCCUGCUCAGCCUGGACUACUACAUUGCACGGGCGCUGCCGCGCGCCCCCACAGCCAGUGUGCACAACGCCAGGCAUGUGUGCGGCUUCGUCUGGGGCAGCGCACUGCUCACCAGCUUCUCCUCUCUGCUCUUCCACAUCUGCAGCCGCGUGUCCUCGAGUGCCUCUGAGUGCGCUGAGCUGCAGAGCGCACAGGCUGCUGACGCCAUCAUGGUGCUCAUUGGCUAUGCUGUGCCCGCCGUGGCUGUGCUCUACGCACUCAUGCGCAUCCUGCGCCUGCAGAGAGAGGCCAUGACACUGGACGGCGAUGUGGACAGGCUGGACCCGUCGGCGCACAAUCUCCUGAUGGCCACGCUGGGCACGCAGUUCGGGCUGUGGACACCGUACUACCUGGGCCUGAUGGGGCACGUGCUCCUGGCCUGGCAGGGGAGGCCCCUGGAUGGGCGCUCCCUGGGGGCCCUGCAGCUUGCACGGGGCCUGUCCCAGCUCCUGGCCUUCUGCAGCGGCUUCGUGCUGCCACUCCUCUACCGCUCCUUCAAUGAGAGCUUCCCCGGCAAAGUGCGGAGGCUGAGGAAACAGCUGGGGUGCAGGCCCCGGCACAGCCCCCAGGACCAGGGUGGGGUGCAGCAGGUGGUGACGUAGCCAGCCCCUGGGGCUCGCGCGCCCUUGGCCCUGACAGGACGGCCACUGCAGGCUGCAGCUGGUGGACAGCAGACAGCCCCGGGACACGAGGACAGAGGGGGCUGCAGGAGUCGGUGUGGACACAGCACGGCAUUCCGCAGACGCUCUGCUGCUUUCUCCCCUGGGAAGAGAAGCUCCAACCAGGAGUGCUGGGGCGUCACUCUCGGAAGUCUGGAGAGGCCCCUGCGGGCGCCGCGCUCUCGGUCCUGUCCUCCCCACAGCAUCUUGCUCCCCACACCUCCCCCUUUUCUUUUAACACAGAGAUGAUUGAUAGGGAAAAAUGAAGGAAACAGCAGAGAAGCGUGCAGAUGGGCCACCAGGGCCCCUGACCCCACCCACAGCACGGGCUAAAGAGCCACGUCGGCUGCACCCACUCGAAACGGGCUUCGGUCACACACAGAGGGGUCACGGAAGUGGGUCCACGGGAAAGGGGCCUUCCGGCUGCUCCUCGGCAAUGGCACCGGCCCCUCCAUCCCCUCAGCCCACAGCAGCGGGUUCCCUUGCCUGGGGAGCGUCUGCCUCCAAAAUCAACUCCCCAACAUGGGCGCAAAAUUAGAGGAAGAGAGCGUGCUGCCAGGGCUUCAAGCCUGGUGUGAGAACUGCCGGCCCAGGAGAGCUGGUGGACUCCGGCGACUGAGGACACCGGGGACGGCCCCCCACAUGGACUGGGCACCCCCGUUCACCCUGCAGGGCCACCCAGCCCUGGCUGCUCUGGCCGUGUCACUGUCAGCCGUGCUGGGAACACAGGUGAGGCGCACCCAGAACCGGGGCCUCACCGUCCCCCUCCACACUGGGUCCCACUCGUGGUCCCCCCCCCAGGGUCCGGCCAGAACAGGAUGCGCAGCCUGAGUUCCCUGCAAUAUCUUAUGAUGUACAACACGCAUCCCCGCAAAGGAACGACGUGGCCGAGUCAGCCUGUGCGAAGAAGCAGAACCUCUGCCAGAUGCCGUGUCCCUGCUGCCACCUCCACCCUGCCGGCCACGAGCCCUGGGGCACGCUCCAGAGGCUGAACCGGCUUGGGGUUUCUGGGCACUUCUGGCCAUGAAACGCUGUGUGCUAAAGGCAGAGCCACCUCAUUAGCAGCUCCGGGAUCUUCAGAUUGUGCCAUGAUUUCUUUUCCAAUCUGCAAAGCCUCGGGCCUGGCUUUUCCUCUCACUUCUCCAGUUCCGGCACAUGGAGUGUGACCAGAAGUGACCGUGGGGUGAGAUGCUUGGGGCUCCCACCUCGUGACCUCUGCACACACUGUCUGCCGGGGGAAUGAUGGCUGCAAUCCCCCAGACCCCGGCCAGCCAGAGCGAGCCGCGGGCUGUGGAGGCCCCCAGCUCUUUAAUUCUCCCCUCGGGCGUGCAGCCCUAAGAACCCAGGUCAACACGCAGGAAACCCUUACGGCCACAGGGGUGUGGGGAUGGGGCUGGCCUCUACGGUUCUCGUCUAAAAUAAAAGCCCCUUUUCCUGCUGAUACUGCCCACCCCUUUGCUCCAGGACAGAGAGGCCCAGGAGAGGGGCCGGCUCCCAAAGGCACAGGGUGGGCAGAUGCCAGGGCCCCUGCCACAGCCUUUGGGACCUCGGGGCAAACUGGUCCUGCCCGGAGCACUUUCCUCCUCAGCAGCUCCGUCUGCAACCAUCUGAGCUCUGUCCAACUCGGGGACCCGGGAGGACCCAAAGAGGGGCAGUGGGGCCCUCACCAGAUCUCUGGGUCCAGAGACUGACACGCAAUUUGCUGUCAGCAGGAACCCCAGCUGCGGCCCCCUCCCUCUGGCCGCCACCUCUGGUGGCCGUGGGGCUGCAGAGCGGCCGCCCAGGAGAGGCCGCGCCCCACAGGGCCCACUCCUCCACCUGGCACGGAGACCCCUGGCCCUGGGCCCCUCCACAGCCCGCACUCCAGCCUUCUCCGGACCUGACUUCCCAGCAGGCUGAGUGGCCUGCCCUUCACUCCAGCUUUGCCCGCUUGUAUUCCUGCUUCCCAUGUGAGCUGCCAAAAACUGGGAAGAAUUUUGAGCUCUUCAGAGAAGAAUGAGAAGCUAUUUGGGAAAAGCCAAGGUAAAGUGUGAGACUGAUCCUGUAUUUCUUGAAAUGAGUUUCAAGGCACCAGGACACAAGCUUUUCAAUGUUUUAGGUCCCAAGGUCAUCAAUUUUGCUAGCAAAACUCCCUGACUAUUACAGUUUAAGAAAUAAAUUAUCUUAGUUUUGUUUAUUCA